GGACUCUACUGUGUUUUUACUGGUGUCUAGUUUAUUCUGCUGGACUCUACUGUGUUUUUACUGGUGUCUAGUUUAUUCUGCUGGACUCUACUGUGUUUUUACUGGUGUCUAGUUUAUUCUGCUGGACUCUACUGUGUUUUUACUGGUGUCUAGUUUAUUCUGCUGGACUCUACUGUGUUUUUACUGGUGUCUAGUUUAUUCUGCUGGACUCUACUGUGUUUUUACUGGUGUCUAGUUUGUUCUGCUGGACUCUACUGUGUUUUUACUGGUGUCUAGUUUGUUCUGCUGGACUCUACUGUGUUUUUACUGGUGUCUAGUUUGUUCUGCUGGACUCUACUAGACUCUGCUGUGUUUCUGCUGUAGUUUAGUGCACUCUGCUCACCUGUCUGAAGCUCUCCAGGUGCGUGCGGAGCUGCAGAGCUGUGUGAGCCGUCAGCAGGAGGCACUGCGCUGCAGAGAGGUGUGUCUGCUGGGACAGAUCGAGCUGCUGGAACAACUCAAGACUGAAACUCUGCAGCAGCAGCUGCACCAGCUGCACUGGGUAACUGCUCACUCCUUAUACUGGGUGUAGUGGUUACUGCUGAUGCUCAGAGGUCAGUUUGAUGUGAUCGUCCAUCAGCUGCAGAACUCCAGCAGCAGCAACGACCUGAGCAACCAGCUGACCAGCUGCUUGGAGAGGUUGUCCUCUCUGAGUCUGACUCCAGAGGAAACGCCUGAGAUGAGUUUCCACGCCGACACUCGCUCUCUGAGGCAGGCCAUCACCUCAUUCGGCCGCAUCACAGCUCAGCUGGUGGAGGGUGUGUCCUCUCAGAGCACCGCCCCCCAUAGAGGUCAGGUGCAGAGCUAUCCAAUCACAGCCAAGAAACAGAAAAUGGAGGCCGGAGCUCUUGGUGAAUGGCUGCUGGGAACUCCUGCAGCAAGCAGCACUCCUACUGGUUACCAAUCCAGCAAGAACCCUCAGGAUUGGCUGAUGGCACACAAGGAGAGCAAGACUCCCUGUCCCGCCCUGGCCUCCAUGGACUUCCUGCAGGCCUGGGGUCAGCUCAGGGACCUGGAGGCAUGGCUCCUCCAGGACCAGAGCCCAGUGAGCAGGGAGCGGACCGAGAGCAGCUGCAGCUCCUCCUUUUCCAUCGAGAAGAUCGACGAAUCAGAGCUCGCCAUCUCUACUGAGGAGGAGGACGAGCUGAGCGACUGGCUCAUCACCCCGCCUUCUGUUGCUAUGGAGACCAUGUCAGAUGCUGAGAGGUGGCGCCGGGUGUUGAAGCCAUUCGAGGACAACUGGUCAUCCACUGAUUGGCUGGCGGGGCCCAGCCGCCCCCCCGCCGACUGCUCCUCUUGCUGCCAGACCUCCAAGGCCCUGGAGAUCGAGAACCUGGGCCAGCUCAAGUGCCUGAAGACCCCGCCCACCCCCAGCCCCGCCUCCAGUCCCACCUCCAGCCCCGUCUCCCCUGACCCCCCAGCGGCAGCAACCCUGGAGGCGUGGCUGCAGCAGGUGGUGCCAGUGCAGCAAAACUGCAAGGCCAACGAGCCGUGCUCCACCUACGCCGACUGCGUCUGUGACGAGAACUGUGGGAAAGAAGCCCUGAGCCUGUGGCUGCUCCGACAGGACGGACGGGACAAGAAUGGGGUCCCUGUAGCCAAGAACGCCCCGCCCACCGCCAAGAACGCCCCGCCCACUGCCAAGAACGCCCCGCCCACCGCCAAGAACGCCCCGCCCACCGCCAAGAACGCCCCGCCCACCCUGCACCACAGGGAGCAGGAGCAGAAGGUUCAGGCCAUCCUGCAGGCCUGGCUCCACCCCACCAACACCUCCUCCUGCAGGACUCCUCUGCAGGCUCUCACCUCCUCCUUGUCUGGCUGGGUGGCUCCUGAGGUGGAUAAGGCCAGCAGGGAGGAGCACAGCUCCUCAUUCAAACCUUUCUCCUCCUCCUCCUCACCAUCUCCCUUCCAAUGCCCUCUGGAUCCAGAACUCUGGGUGCUUCCAGGACAGACUCUGGGGUCAGGAGGUCAGCCCCGCCCACCAGCAGAGGAGGACAAAUGGCUCCUGAGGAAGAGGAGUCAGGCUCAGGAGCGUCUGGCGCUGCCGUCCGUCUGCGACCUGUUCUCCUGUAUGAAGAUGGGCGGAGACAAAGACAAGUGGCUGCACAAAGCACCUGAACAGAUGUGACGACGCCGACAACGUCCAUGAUGAUGAUGAUGGUGGUGGUGGAUGCUUCUUCUUCUUCUCUCCUCUGGGAGUCACUUUAUUAUCGCUGAUCAGCGCACACGACCACAACAAUCUAACCAUCGCCGCCUUCUCUCCUGUGACAUCACUGCGCUGAGCUGCCGCCCGCCACUCUCCUCCAAUCAGGAUCAAGAACCCACUGAGGAGGGAAAACCUCGUAUCUGCUGAUGUUGUUCAUGAGGAAGAUGAUCGUUGAGGGGACGUUUGUGACUCGCAGCUCAUUUAAAUUUAAAUAUUUUAACUAGCGCCUCUCAGUGGCCAAACGAUUUGAUGAUUUCAGCGUCUGUAACUUUGAUUUUAUUUCUGUUUGUGGAAAACGUUGAGCUUCAGUUCAUCAUAAUGAAAAUAAUACAUGUCCCAGAAUGCAUUUCAUCAGCUGAUCCUGACAGGAGGAGAGGGGGGGGGGUUAACAAGUGGUGGGCGGGGUUAAAGCUAGAUAUAAAGUAGCCUUUAUUUUAAUGGAACUUAUUUUAUUAAAUCUGUUUUUAUGAUUUCACUUCCUGUAACAGAAGCUCUGUUUGGGUGGAACGUUCCUUUUUUUUCUUCUUCUCUUGUUUUCCUGUGAAACUGCUGAACCGCAGAGAUCUACUUCCUGUCCAGACUGCAGGAUGACCGUGACUCAUCCCUGCAGCCGUCUGCACACGCUCAGUAGUGUGGACGAGUGUCGGGUGCAGUACUGUGAGUGACCAGAGGAGGCGCAGCGCCACUUCUGAUAAUGUGUUUAUCAACACAUCGUUCACUUUUUAUUAAUAACUCAUAUCAUUAUUAAUAACGAGAGGAAACCUGCAGCUGUCGGAACUUUCAAAUUAAAAGCCCCUGGACUUUUAAAAAACAGUGUGUUGGAGCCCUGAGCUGAGUCUUGCAGGCGUCCGUCACUGACUGCCUCUAAUCUGAGCCACUUGAUCGGUGGACUGAGCUCAGGGUGAAAAUCUACAGAAUCAGAGGUGGUGAUUUCCCAGAAUGCCUCAGGUGGAAGCAGCCUGCAGUCUGUCAGCAGAUGGGUCACAUGACUCUGCGGUCAGCAGUGAUUGGUGCUUUUUA